AUGACGGGAGGAUCGAAAUUCGAGGUCUCGAAAUUUGAUGGUCAUGGCAAUUUUAGAUUAUGGCAGACGAGAGUAAAAGAUUUAUUGGCGCAACAAGGAAUUCAGAAAGGGCUGCGUGCAGAAAAGCCAAAGGGGAUGGAUGACGAUGAUUGGCAAGAUCUGCAGGAACAGGUGGCCGGGACGAUUUGGUUGUGCCUUGCAGAUGAAGUUAUGUAUCACGUUAUGCAUCUCAAAUCGGCGGAUGAGAUUUGGAAGAAACUGGAAUCGCAGUUUAUGUCGAAAACCCUAACGACAAAACU